UCGCCUAGGUUCUUGCUUCUGGUCACAUCUGGCCGGCGUCAGCAGAGGGCGUCUGAACUGUCAGGGAGGGCUGGUCCAAGCCUUGAAGACCACAGACCAAAUUGACAAGAUGAAGUCAUCACAUACUGUCCUCCAUUCCUGCAGCCUGACUGAGGGCUUCUCCUCCCCGACUCUGACAGUUUGGCAAACCCCCAGGCUCUGUCACUCAGCAGGGGCCCUUCUGCCUCUCCUGUCACCAGGAGCGAGUACCCUGAUCUCUGGAGGAAGUAGCAGCGGGAGACGCUUCUCUGCGGCAUUUCUGUCGCCCACCUGCCAGGUUGUCAACCACCAAUGAUCUCACAGCCAACAUAGAGGAAACCACUCCCAUCAGCCCUCGGAUGAGCUAAGAGCCCAGGUUUUGGCAAUAAGCUGGUGCCCAUUUUCUUCCAGCUGCAGUCAUUGCUUGGGGUCCAGUUACCUGUGUGAGAACAGCUGUCUUCUGAAUCAUCCCUUUCACCUACUGACCUGUGGCCCUCCCUACCUCCCUCAGGAUUCCCAUAGUCAAACCCCAGGUUUCUGCAUGAAUGAAUGUGUCUAACAGCUGCAACUCAGCACUCAGCUCCCCAGGAGAGGCAUACAUCUACAUGAGUUUUUAUGGCCUCCUCUUCAUCGUUGGGCUCACUCUCAACAUCCUGGCCCUGUGGGUCUUUUGCUGUCGGAUGAGGAAGUGGACAGAGACACAGGUGUACAUGGUCAACCUGGCCGUGGCAGACAGCGGCCUGAUCCUGCUCUUCCCCAUUGUCAUUUACUUCACGCGUGCCAGCUGCCUUGAGGAUCUCUCUUGCCAAGUGCCCCAGGCAAUCUAUCUUGUCAAUGCAUACAUGAGCAUCAGCAUCCCCAUGGCAAUUGGGGUGGACCGCUAUGUGGCCAUCAGGUUCCCACUGAAGGCCAAGGUCCUUCGAACCCCAGGCCAGGCAGCCAUUGUCUGUGCCCUCCUCUGGGUUGUGGUCAUUAGCAUGUUGGUUUUUCGUGUCAUAUGGCAGAUCCAAGAUGGCACCUUCUGCUUUUGGAGGAAGCCAGAGAUGCAUAUAUCAGUGGUAGUCUUCUCUCUGCUGGGCUUUUUUAUCCCGCUAGGGAUCCUGGUCUUCUGCACAUUCCAGAUUGUAUGCAGCCUAUUGAAGGUUCAGAGAAGAGAGGUAUCCGAGGUGAGACAGAUCCGGAAGAGUGUGUCCAUGGUACUGGCCAGCCUGCUCAUGUUUGUCAUUUGCUUCUUACCCUUGCACAUAACAAUCCUGCUGAACUUCUUCCUGGGAUCUAAUGACGGACUCAGAAGGGUCUUCAAAAUAUUCACCUUUAUCGCCCACACCAACUGCUGCCUGGACGCCAUCUGCUACUACUUUGUGGCCAAGGAGUUCCAGGAGGUGACUCCUUUCUUCUGCCUCUGGCGCAGACAACCCAGACCCAUGGCUCCUCAAGACAAGAAGACCUGUACAACCUUAAUGUAGCCUGAGGUUCAGCACCCCCAAGCCCAGUGAUGACAUCGGUUGGCUUCCAAAUCAUUUCUCCUGGGCUUGUUUUGCUCCCACACAGCUCCGAAAUCUUAGAAUAAGCCCCAAUAUAACUCCUCUUCCCUCUCUAUCAAUUUGGAAACCCCAGACUCUUGACUUUGGCAUUAUUAAAAGGGGGGACAAUUCUAAGGCUGGCACUGCCCAGAAAUUCCCUUUUCUCUAGCUAGAAGGAUGGAUUCUAGAACUUGGGAACCUGGAACUCUUGUCUCAAGCUACAUAGAUGAGAGUUCAAGCACCUCUUGUGUCCUCUGCUGCAGAGCAGUCAUCAGGGGCUCUAGUGGCUGGUUUGCAGGUGAUGAGUGACGGGUCGGAAUAGCUUGUGCAUAAAGACUCUUUGCACUUAGCUUUGCUGUUAUUUAAUUAAUCUGCAGAAAAAGGGGAAAGGGCAUUAGGACAGACCCAGCAAAUGGACCCUUUUAUUACAGACCCAGAACUGAGGGGCGGCUCCCACCUACAGCAGUCAGGAGCUGACCCCCACACGACCAUGUUUUACUGAGUUCUUCCUGUCAUCCUACCCAUUCACUGCCUAAGGCAAGGUCCCCUCCCUUGUCUCUAGAGCCAAGCUCUCCUGAUCAGUGAGAGUUCACUAUGUCUAGUCAACUCCAGCCACUUCACUGACAUCUUCCUGGUACAGCAUUGCACCCAUACCCUGGUGCUGCUCUUUCCCAAUUCUUGCUGUGGGACAGUAAUUAAAUCAACACUAUCAUCUCUUCCAAAAAGGGCACGUCAGUUGACCAUCCUAUAUCACCUUUCCAGGCUUUUUUAUAAUUAUGUCCCCAGUGAUUAACACAGAGGUUGACACAUAGUAAAUGCUUGGUAAAUACUUUUAGUACAUUCAUUCAUUCAUUCAUUCAUUCAUCUCUUCUGGUCCUGACAUUCUUUGGUAUAAGAUCCUCCUGGCUCUAAUAUUCCAACCCAGAGGGGCUGUGUUCUUUGCUCUAAAUCAACUAACCAGCAAGCAUUUCUUACCCACCAGCUACGUGCUUGGCACUGAGCUAGGACAGAGAAUGAAGCACAUUAUCUCCACAGUCCUUGUAUGGCCCCUCCUAACUCAGAAGUUCUGUGUUCUAGGUUUCUUUCAGCUCUGAUACUGUGUGAUCUCCUUUCUACCUGGGGCAUUCUAUCUAUAAAUGGGAGGGCCUCUAGGAAAAAACCAAUGUUGGAGCUGAAUGAGACUUAGAACAUAAAACAUUUGGGAUUGGAGACACACUAUAGAAUAGGGACUGUAGGAGGUAAUGCACUUCAUUCAUUGUCUUUGUUCCUCCCCCACUCCCACCCCCAGUGCUAGGAACAUAGUAGGUACUUUAUAAAAUAAUUCUUAAUUGAUUGACUGACUUAGACCACAGAACCAGCCUGGCUGGGUUGGAAUAGUAGAGCAGAAAGGGACCUUAGAACAUCAAAGACCUUAAAUCAUAAGACAGAAUCUCAGAACUGGAGGGAACUUGAAGGCUUAUCUAGGCCAGAGCCCCCCCACCCCCACCCCCCCUUCUUUUACAGAUGAGGGGAGAUGAUGUACUUAUGGGGCCACACCAGGGGCAGGUGAACCCUCUCACUUCCAGCCCAGUAUUCUUUUGAAGAUAACAAGGCAGGAAAUCUGCAGGUGCUGCUGCUGGGACCUUUGUUUCUUGUAGGACAUUAUGGGAUGAAAAUUUGAUCGAAACUCCUAGGACCUGGGUUCAAAUCCUGACUCUGCCCUGCCUUGAUGGGUCACCUUGGCCAAAUCAUUUCAUUCUCUGGGUCUCAGUUUUCUCACUUGUAAAAUGGGGAUAAUAAUGCCCUGAAUCCUUCCCUCAUAGGCUGUCCUGACAUGAAACAAUGACUGCAAAGUGCUUGUAUAGAGUCAAGGGUAGGAGUAGCUAGGUGGCACAGUAGAUAGAGCUCCAGCCUUGGAGUCAGGAGGACCUGAGUUCAAAUCUAGC